AUGGCGGGUGGUCUAGUCAAGUACCGACACUUAAGUCGAAAAUCGUCGCAUCGACAAGCCCUACUGCGAAAUUUAGUCACAGCCCUCGUCCAGCACGAAUCCGUCCGAACGACAUGGCCCAAGGCCAAAGAAACCCAGCGUCUAGCAGAAAAGCUCAUUACUCUCGCUAAGACGAACAACGAGACUAGCAGACGGAAAGCUACGGGUAUAUUAUUUACUCCCCACAACCUCCUCCCCAAGCUCUUCGGCGAGUUACGCCAGCGCUACGCCUCGCGCCCAGGCGGAUACACGCGCGUCCUGCGAACGGAGCCCAAGUCCCGCUACGACCAGGGCGACUCGGCCAUCCUCGAACUAGUCGACGGGCCCAAGGAUCUGCGGUUCGCCAUGACAGCUGCUGCGUUUGCGCGCGAGCAGCGCCUGGGUCGCCCCCACAACGCCCUCACCCUGCUCAAUCGCCAGAAAGUCACCCGCUUCCGACCUGGCGGCCAGGCUGCGUUCGACGAGAUGGUGAAGAGGGUCGAGGGGUUGCGGUUGGGCGUGAAGGGCGCUGCCGGACAGGGCGCUGGUGCGCAGGGUCAGGGGGAAGCUCCUGCUAGUUAG